AUGGUAUAUCUACUGGGAACACAUUUAGCAGACCACAAGGCUCUGAAAAUAGCACUCACCUCUUUCUAUGGGAUUGGCCGCCAAACUUCUCUGCGCCUAAUGGCCCGCCUGCAGAUCCAUGAGCAUGCAAAAGUCGGCUCACUUACACCUCCACAAAUAACUCAACUCACUGCGUUCUUGUCAUCACCUUCGACAGCCCCUCCCCCUAUGAUGACUCCACUCGCAUCGCCGAAUUUCACCCCACCUGCAGCUACUCCGCCGAUCAAAUACCGAACCGUUGAAGAAGGGAGUGGACGUACCGAUCGUCUUGCAAAUAUUAAACUUGAGAGCGAACUUCUUCGAGAAAUAAGAGAAAACAUCGCACACCAUCGUGCUGUCGGUACAUAUAAAGGCAGGAGGCAUGCGAUGGGUCUGCCUGUGAGAGGCCAAAAUACCAGGACGAACGCUCAGACGGCCCGCAAGUUAAACAGGAUAGAACGAAGACGGUAA